GGAGCUUGCUCGUUUCAUCUGUUUCACAUUCAUUCUUAUAAUGUCGAUCUCCCUUAUGAAUCUGCUGAUUGGCUUGGCUGUUGGAGACAUUGAGGCAGUGAGAAAGAACGCUGAGUUAAAACGCCUUAAAACUCAGAUAGAAUCACUUUCUCAGUUUGAAGACAGGACACCAUUUCGCAUAAGAGAGCGUUUUUAUGCCCCUAAAGUGGUUCUUUAUCCAAACUCAGGUUCCAUGUCAUUCAUAAGGAGAAUAACGUGGUACCUGGGGCUGGUAGAUAAUGCUCCAUGUCGGUUAAUUAAAAAUAUUAACUCCGCUGAAGACAAGAUGACGCAGCUUCAUGAACAACUUAAGACCCAUCAAGAUAGCAUCAUGGCGUUAAGAACAGAAAUGCGAUCUCAAAGAACAAUACUCGAGAACAUCUCAAGACAGUUUGGAGCGCACUCUCCAGUCAGUACCAGAACUGACCUCCUGGAUGACUUCUAAGACAUACUCAGCAUUUAACAGCAAUUGAUUCAGCCAGGCUCGAUGUCAAUUUACAGGAUUACAUCGAAAGACAUCUUAACAAUUUCCCGUGUCCGUAUUACUCGACCUUAAAACAAUGAUUAUAAACCAAAAGUCAAUUUAAGCUCGGCUCUUGCCAAAAAUGCGCUGCUACAUGAACCGCGUGUACAUAUAUGCUCGAAUUAUUGCUUCAAGUUAUUCCAGGUAAUGUGUACAGUUAUAAACCAGUAGGGUCGCUAUAGAACUUACAGUAGCUAAUACAGUAGACGCUACAGUAGACGAUAAAGUAAAUGACGUGUAAUAGGAAAUGUGGUCAGAAGUAAUGUAAAUGGCUGAUUAUGAGCAUUGAUUAAUUUAUUAAUGUUUACACUUAAAAACUAAGAUCUAUGUUAUAUUUCCUUAAGAGAAUCUUGAAGUACGUUGUAUUCAUGCCCAUCACAAUACAAACCUUACACAAGGCAGAAAUAAAAUCAAAGUUAGCACUGUA